CCUACCGCGCCUGCGCGCUCCCGCCCGGCCACCAUCUUGGAACUGGGGGGAAGCGAGAGAGGGAGAGAGACAGGGAGAGAGACAGACUGAGAGGACUAAUAGAGGAUCAGCCACCGAGGGUCAGACAGGCCGGCGAGCUCAGGGAAGGGAAGAGAAGGGAAGAAGGGAACGGAAGAAGGUUGUGAGAAGCCUAGCAGGCCGGGGGAAGCAGCCGCAGCAGCAGCAGGAGGGAGCCGGUGAGGGAAGGAGGGAGGGAGGGGCGGGCAGGCAGGGUCAGCUCUAGCCUUUCCCGCCUCCCCCUGGUGGAGAGAGGGGGGAAGGAGGAAGCCGGAGCGGGGGUGGGGGUCGCGGGUCUGUCACCCGCCCCUCCGCCCCAGCCGCCGUCGCCCCACGGGGCGCCCGGGGAGGUCGGCUGGGAGGCACUUGCCGGCCUGUCAUUCGCCGUCGGAACAUCCCCAAGAGGACAUCGGGGGUGGGGGGGAGUGUCAGGCGCUCCCCCCCUGUCACCCGAGGAAGUGGGGGGUGGGGAGGGGGCUCUUAAGCUCUCCUCCCGCCCCCGCUCCAGCCUGGGAUUGGGGCAAAGCCGAGGAAGAGGCAGCGAGGGGGUGGGGAGUCUCCUUCCCCCUCUCCCAGUGAUCCCGGAGCCACUGGAGGACUCCAGGAGGAGGCGACGGCGGAGACGCUGGGGCACCGUAGCGACCCCCUCCAGGCUGGGCCCCAAUCCCCGUCCCCCACGGGGCCGACAUGCCGGCAGGGGGCCGGGCUGGGAGCCUGAAGGAUCCAGAUGUGGCUGAACUCUUCUUCAAGGAUGACCCUGAAAAACUAUUUUCUGAUCUCCGGGAGAUUGGCCAUGGCAGUUUUGGAGCUGUCUACUUUGCUCGUGAUGUCCGGAGCAGUGAGGUUGUUGCCAUCAAGAAGAUGUCCUAUAGUGGGAAGCAGUCUAAUGAGAAAUGGCAAGAUAUCAUCAAGGAGGUGCGAUUUCUGCAGAAGCUUCGGCAUCCAAAUACUAUCCAAUACCGAGGCUGUUACCUGAGGGAACAUACUGCUUGGCUGGUGAUGGAGUAUUGCCUGGGUUCUGCCUCUGACCUUCUAGAGGUUCAUAAGAAGCCCCUUCAGGAGGUAGAGAUUGCAGCUGUAACCCAUGGUGCACUACAGGGCCUGGCCUAUUUACACUCUCACAACAUGAUCCACAGGGAUGUGAAGGCGGGGAACAUCCUAUUGUCAGAACCAGGCUUGGUCAAGCUAGGGGACUUUGGCUCAGCCUCCAUCAUGGCACCUGCCAACUCCUUUGUGGGCACUCCGUACUGGAUGGCUCCUGAGGUGAUCUUGGCCAUGGAUGAAGGGCAAUAUGAUGGCAAGGUAGACGUGUGGUCUUUGGGAAUCACUUGCAUCGAAUUAGCGGAACGGAAGCCACCACUGUUUAACAUGAAUGCGAUGAGUGCCUUAUACCACAUUGCACAGAAUGAGUCCCCUGUGCUGCAGUCUGGACAUUGGUCUGAGUACUUCCGAAACUUUGUUGACUCUUGUCUCCAAAAAAUUCCUCAAGACAGACCAACUUCCGACGUGCUACUCAAGCACCGCUUUGUACUCCGGGAACGACCCCCCACAGUGAUUAUGGAUUUGAUUCAGAGGACCAAGGAUGCAGUUCGGGAGCUAGAUAACCUACAGUAUCGAAAAAUGAAGAAGAUCUUAUUUCAGGAGGCACAGAAUGGCCCCAGCGCUGAAGUUCCCGAGGAGGAGGAGGAGACUGAGCCCUACCUGCACCGGGCAGGGACACUAACUAGCCUGGAGAGCAGCCACUCAGUGCCCAGUAUGUCUAUCAGCGCCUCCAGUCAGAGCAGUUCUGUUAAUAGCCUAGCAGAUGCAUCUGACAACGAAGAUGAAGAAGAGGAGGAGGAGGAGGAGGAGGAGGAAGGCCCGGAGACUGGAGAGAUGGCCAUGAUGCAGGAAGGUGAACAUACAGUCACCUCUCACAGCUCUAUCAUCCACCGACUCCCUGGCCCUGAAAAUCUAUAUGAUGACCCCUAUCAGCCAGAGGUACCCCCAGGCCCCUUACAGGCCCCUCAGCCUCCAGCUUCUUCCUCUUCUGCCCGUCGACGGGCCUAUUGUCGAAACCGGGAUCACUUUGCCACCAUCCGAACCGCCUCCUUGGUGAGUCGUCAGAUCCAGGAGCACGAGCAGGACUCGGCCCUACGGGAGCAGUUGAGUGGCUAUAAGCGAAUGCGGCGGCAGCACCAGAAGCAGUUGCUGGCCCUGGAAUCAAGGCUUCGGGGUGAGCGGGAAGAGCACAGUGCCCGGCUGCAACGGGAGCUGGAGGCCCAGCGUGCCGGCUUUGGGGCUGAGGCAGAAAAACUGGCCCGGCGCCACCAGGCCAUUGGGGAAAAAGAGGCCCGCGCCGCCCAGGCAGAGGAGCGCAAGUUUCAGCAGCACAUUUUAGGCCAGCAGAAGAAGGAGCUAGCCGCUCUUUUGGAAGCGCAGAAACGUACUUACAAGCUGAGGAAGGAACAACUUAAGGAGGAGCUUCAGGAGAAUCCAAGCACCCCCAAAAGGGAGAAAGCCGAGUGGCUGCUGCGCCAGAAGGAACAGCUGCAGCAGUGCCAAGCAGAGGAGGAGGCUGGGCUGCUGCGGCGCCAACGCCAGUACUUUGAGCUGCAGUGCCGCCAGUACAAGCGGAAAAUGCUCUUAGCCCGCCACAGCCUGGAUCAGGACCUGCUGCGGGAGGACCUGAACAAGAAGCAGACUCAGAAGGACCUCGAGUGUGCACUGCUGCUGAGGCAGCAUGAGUCGACUCGGGAACUGGAGGUGAGACAGCUCCAGGCUGUGCAGCGUACCCGAGCUGAGCUUACCCGUCUGCAGCACCAGACGGAGCUGGGAAACCAGCUGGAGUACAACAAGCGGCGUGAGCAGGAGCUGCGCCAGAAGCACGCUGCCCAAGUCCGCCAGCAGCCCAAGAGCCUCAAAUCGAAGGAGUUGCAGAUCAAGAAGCAGUUCCAGGAGACAUGUAAGAUCCAGACUCGGCAGUACAAGGCCCUUCGGGGGCACCUGCUGGAGGGCACCCCCAAGGCCCAACACAAGAGCCUCCUUAAGCGGCUUAAAGAGGAACAGACCCGAAAGCUGGCUAUCCUAGCAGAACAGUAUGACCAGUCCAUCUCUGAGAUGCUCAGCUCCCAGGCACUUCGCCUGGAUGAGACUCAGGAGUCAGAGUUUCAGGCACUGCGACAGCAGUUGCAACAGGAGCUGGAACUGCUUAAUGCCUAUCAGAGCAAGAUCAAGAUACGGACAGAGAGUCAGCAUGAGCGUGAAGCACGGGAGCUGGAGCAGAGAGUGGCACUGAGGCGGGCUCUUUUGGAGCAGCGGGUGGAGGAAGAGCUGCUUGCCCUGCAGACAGGUCGGUCAGAGCGCAUCCGGGCACUGCUAGAACGGCAGGCUCGGGAGAUCGAGGCUUUCGACGCAGAAAGCAUGAGGCUGGGUUUCUCCAGCAUGGCCCUGGGAGGCAUCCCGGCUGAGGCUGCUGCCCAGGGAUAUCCUGCCCCACCCCCAGCCCCUGCCUGGCCCUCCCGCCCCGUACCUCGAUCAGGGGCCCAUUGGAGCCAUGGUCCCCCUCCGCCUGGCAUGCCCCCCCCAGCUUGGCGCCAGCCUUCCCUUCUGGCACCACCAGGUCCCCCGACCUGGCUGGGGCCCCCGCCCCAGACAGGGCCUCCCCGAGGUGGGGCCCUACUGCUGCUAAGGAAUAGCCCACAGCCCCUGCGCAGGGCAGCCUCAGGGGGUGGGGGCAGUGAAGGAGUGGGACCUGGAUCAGUAGCAGGGCCAGGGGCUCUGAGCCGAAGUACUAGUGUUGCUUCUCACAUUCUCAACGGUUCUUCCCAUUUUUACUCCUGAACUGCGGCAGGGAUAGCUGAUGUCCCUUGCUUGGGUUCCUUCCACCUAGGCUGAAAACAGACAGAGGUGGGGGAAGAGAGCUGAAGCCUAGGUUUCCCUGGGGCUGGAAGGACCUAGCUCCCUCAGCCACUGGAACCUGGAAGACUGAGGACCUAAGCUCUGGGGGCUUUUGAGAGCCCAAGCCAGCGCUUAGAAGGGAAGGUAACAGGACAUUUGCUGUUCUUGCUUCCCUGGUCCCUUCUUAUCUUGUGAGCUUCCCUUGGGGUGAAGUCAGGCCCUUGGCUCUGAGUUUGGGAGUAUAUAGCCUGGACUCCAGUACAGACCCAGGAGUUCCUGACUUUCCCAUCAUGGUGCCAGUAUCUUCCUCCAUCAUGGACUAGGGAAGGGGGAGAUUGUGUGCGCGUGUGCCUGCGCGUGCAUGUGUGUGUGUGGGCGUGUAUGUGUGAGAGAGAGAGAGAGAGAGAGAAAUACCCACCUAGGGUGCCUUGGGAACCUGUAUAGAGUCCCUGGGCAGUGGGGGGAGGGGCGGGUAGGGUGUAGAUACAUAGAUAUAUUCAGAGAAAUAUAAUAAUCCCUCCAGGUGCCCUCAUCAUAUUGUUGCCAAGGGAACUCUGGGCCCAGGGGGCAUGAGAGAAUGGGUCCUGGAAGAGCAGGGUCUGGGGGUAUGAAAGGCCCCUGGGUGGCAGAGAGAGGGGGAGGAUACUUGGGUGGAAAGCUCAGGAUCCCUCUUCUGAACCCUCCUUCCCCCAUUGCUGUCUGAUGUCCUGUGCCCGUCUUGUCAAUUUUUUUUUUUUUUUCCAAGUCAGAGUUGGGGCUGGGGAGGGGGGAAGUGAGGAACAGACCUGAGAAAAGGCAGCUCCCCAGGGGUGUUAAAUCAGAGGAGACUCUCACAGUUCCCUUUAUAUUCCUGCUGUUAAGAGGCAGGAUGGGGGCAGUGAGGGCCAAGGCUCCUGGAACUUAGGGGCCAUCAUGGAACCCUGGGGCCAGGGGAGCUUUUAAUAAACUGUUGGAUAUUCUAACCAG